AUGGAAGAAGCGAUUCCAGGUUCUUACGUUAUUCUGGAAAACGUAUUUGGACUCAUAGGAACAAUAAUAUGGUCAUUUCAAUUAAUUCCACAAGCCUAUAAAAAUUGGCGAAGAAAAACCACACGAGGACUUUCUCAAAUGAUGAUUCUUCAAUGGACGAUAGCCAAUGUGUUUUUUGGAACCUAUGCGAUAGUCUUAAAAUUGUCGAUUCCCUUAAUAAUCCAGCCACAACUCUUUGGAAUUAUUUGUUUGUUUGUUUAUAUACAAUUUUUAUAUUACGAUUCACCUAAACUUAAAGGAAGCAAGGUAAAAAAUGCAACAUUAUUCAUAUUGUCGUCGUUACUCUUUGCUGGAUGUGAAGUUUGUUCCGUUUACGGAAUUAGGGAAGCGAAUACGAGAAAUAUCAGGUGGCCUGAAAAGGUUUUCGGUAUCAUAUCUCCAGAGGAGAAGUAUGUAAUUGGGAUUUCAUUGAUUUUUAUGGCAUUAGAUAUGUCAGGAGCCUUGUUUUCUGUUCUGAGUUUAGCUUUCCGACCACCUCCAUUUGAUACAAUAGCUUCAUUAACUUACAUAUCAGUGUUUGUACUAGAUGGUUUAAUUGUAACAUUGUAUUACUUUUUAAACUGGUUUCAUGCAAGAAAAUAUCAUGAUGAUGUUGAAAUUAUGGUUAUUAGUUAA